AUGGUGCUUCGGUGUGACACGUUGCAUGCCGCAGUCGCCCUGACCCUCGAUUUGUCCUUUGGUCCCCCGGUCUCUUUCUGGCAGGGACCCGUUUACGCUGAUCUCCGGUGGAACUCCCCGAGCAACGACGGCUGCUGCGUCAAGAUGUGCAACGGCCACGCGGAGGUCGGCUACCGGUGCCCCACCAAGAGCAACGGCCUCCCGAGCGCUGCCUUCAACAAAGUCGUGAUUGGCUGCAACAGCGUCCAGCUCGUCUGCUAA